UGACAUGCUGUCUUGGCCCAAACCCUGGAGCAAGCUGACCCAGAAAGGCAGGGAACCUUUCAUCCGUAUGCAGCUGUGGUUAUUGGACCAGCUAGGUCAGAGCCUCAGCCAACCCCCGAGCCAGGGCCAUGCUCAGGAUAAAAGCCCAGUGGCGGCCCAGUCUUCACCCUCCCCACCCCCUAGCCCGGUGGAGAGCCACCCAAGUCCACUGGUAGAGCCUGUCAGCCUCUCUCUGGAGAGCAGCAAAGAGAACCAGCAGACUGACAGCCUAGGGCUGGGACUGCCCCCCUACCCAGAUGGAGGAAAAUCCACUCCCAGCCUCAUGGCCUUACACCAGCCCACAACCCCACUGGGUAUCCAGGAGCUGGUGGCCAUGUCUCCAGAGCUGGACACCUAUGCCAUCACCAAGAAGGUCAAGGAGGUGCUAACAGACAACAACCUAGGCCAGCGCCUUUUUGGGGAAACCAUCCUGGGUUUGACUCAAGGCUCUGUGUCUGACCUGCUAUCCAGGCCCAAACCUUGGCACAAACUCAGCCUCAAAGGAAGGGAGCCAUUUGUCCGCAUGCAGCUGUGGCUCAAUGAUCCUCACAAUGUAGACAAGCUGAGG